GUAGUUCUCCCGGGUUCGUUCCAUGGACUUCUGGGAUAUGUAGUUUCUGGUCUGUAGGCAAGGCGGAAGGAGCGGGGGAGGCCCCUUACGCAAACUACAAUUCCCGGCGGGGAGCGCGCUGAAGGGGGGGUGGGAUCUGAACAUGGCGGCGGUGGUAGCGGCUACGGCGCUGAAGGGCCGGGGGGCGAGAAACGCCCGCGUCCUCCGGGGGAUUCUCUCCGGAGCCACUGCCAACAAAGCUUCCCAGAACAGGAGCAGAGCCCUGCAAAGCCAGAGCUCUCCGGAGGGCAAGGAGGAGCCCGAACCCCUCUCCCCGGAGCUGGAAUACAUUCCCAGGAAGAGGGGCAGGAACCCCAUGAAAGCUGUGGGGCUGGCCUGGGCCAUCGGCUUCCCUUGUGGUAUCCUCCUCUUCAUCCUCACCAAGCGGGAAGUGGACAAGGACCGUUUGAAGCAGAUGAAGGCUCGGCAGAACAUGCGAGCGUCCAACACGGGCGAGUAUGAGAGCCAGAGGUUCAGGGCUUCCUCCUAGCCCACCCGGUCCCCCACAAAUGGGUCCGGGGUUCAGAGCUGAGGAGCCCUGUGGCCCUCCCACAGACUGUACCGCCUGCCAAGGGUCCAGCGCCCCAGCAUCCCAGGCCAUGUCCCUGAAGUCCGCCAGGGGGCGCAUGAAGCCUGGGCGGCAGCCAGCCCCACCCCUCCCAGCCUGGGAGGCAGCCAAAGGCAAAUAAAGUGACUAAGUGUGAGUGGAAAGGAACCAGGCCUGGGUCAGUGCCUCCCUCGGGUGGG